AUGCUGCAUUCGUCCGUCAGACGCUGCAAUCCUCCGAUGACGAUUGCUGGUGGUGGUCGGUACGGCGCAAGCAACUGGUGUUUUGGCUGUUUGGCUGCGGAAGUGGUUCGGUUCGACGAUCAUCCGGCAAAAACAAACCUGUCCGUGACCGUGACGAAACAGGCCCCGGAAGUUCGGUGGCGUGUCGGCUGGUGCGUGAAUCGAGAAUCAACGAACGAACAGGUGUCAGACGGUAGCGGGUCGGAACCGGAAAAGAAAUCCGCACUCCGACAAGUCGGUAGUCAGUGGAGAACGUCGCGUCGGUGA